CAUGCUCGCGUUUGCAAUGGCACAUUAAUCAAUCAGUCGCCGCCGAAAGUUUGUCUUGUACGGGCGUUGAAACACCGGUCCGCUUUUAUUACGUUGUUGCGUUGCGAUUUCUUUUUUUUUUAUAUACCAUCAAAAUGACCGAAUCCAAGCAAGCCACUAAUGCUUCGCUACCGUACAGCAAAACAAAUGACAAACAACAAGAUGAGAUAUUAAUGGAACCAUUCCAAUACAUAACACAAGUGCCUGGAAAAAACAUUAGGGCCAAGUUGUCCAUGGCCUUCAACCACUGGCUUAACAUACCUGAAGAAAAGGUGGUGCAAAUUAAUGAUAUAGUACAGCUUUUGCACAAUUCCAGCCUACUAUUAGAUGAUAUACAAGAUAAUUCAAUCUUGAGGAGAGGUAUUCCUGUGGCCCAUUCAAUUUAUGGGGUUGCAAGCACCAUUAACUGUGCCAACUAUGCAUCAUUCAUUGCCUUAGAACAGGUCAUGGAUUUAAAUCACAGUGAAGCAGUAGGUAUAACUCUCCAACAAAUUUUAGAACUAUACAGAGGUCAAGGUAUGGAAAUCUACUGGAGGGACAAUUUUACAUGUCCCACAGAAGAAGAAUACAACCAAAUGGUUAUAAGAAAAACUGGUGGUCUUUUUAUGUUAGCAAUAAGAUUAAUGCAACUGUUUAGUGAUAACAAAGACGACUAUACAAAAUUAGCUGCUACUUUGGGAUUGUACUUUCAAAUUCGAGAUGACUAUAUGAAUUUGGUGUCAAAGGAUUACAUGAAGCACAAAAGCUAUUGUGAAGAUCUCACAGAAGGAAAAUUUAGUUUCCCUAUCAUCCACGCCAUCAAAACAUACCCAAAUGACAACCAAGUAAUGCAUAUUCUCAAACAGAGAACGAAAGAAAUCGAGGUAAAAAAGUACUGUGUAUCCUUGCUGGAGAAAUUCGGUAGUUUUGAGUACACAAGGAACAAAUUGACUGAACUGGAGAAUGAAGCACGGGAAGAAGUUGCGCGAUUAGGCGAAAAUCCCCACAUGCUGGAAUUCUUAAAUUCAUUGGCACAAUUUUAAGGUUCCACAUGGAAUGUAUAUUUUUUUACGCUGUUUGUAAUUUUUCUACUUUACGUGUUAAUUGUAUAAAUUGUAUUAUUAAUUGUUUAUUAAAUUGGAUGGAACUGACUUUAUUAUGUGUUAAAUAUUUUAUGAUUAUGAAUAUAAUACUUCAUUUAUUGUUUUGUCAUUGUUGAAAUUUGCUACUAUUUAAUAAAAUUAUUUAUCUAAAGA